AUCGAUUUCUUCCCUUACCAUAAAAUAGUCCUCGCUCGCCUUUAUUCUCCCCCAUUUUGCUUCGCUCGCUAAAGCAUAACAAAGCAACAGUGAUUUCGGAAUAGAAAUUCUCCUAAUAACACUAGCACCAUGCUUUUCAAUCACCCCAGUGCCUUCGUUUUCUCAACUCCAUACCAAACAACUUCCUCAUCAUCCCCAUACUCGGCCCCUUUAAGAGGCCUACAUAUCCAAUUGACACCUCCACCACAUGUUGGAGCAUCCGAGGGUCCAACUUGGUCACCAUAUCUCAAGUCGUCGCAACAAGUCUCUUCUCGAUUGUAUGAUCACAACCAUAUGAACUGGUCUUCUACUAGCUUUUCGAAUAUCUCACAUGGCCGUUCCCGAAGCGGCCCAUCAUCAUCAUCAUUGUCGGUAUCAUCAGCGUCAAUAUCAGCAUCCAUGGCUUCUUCUGCAUGCUUCUCUUUGUCAAUGCCAAGCGAGGACGGCGAUACAGUUGAGGAGCUUGAUGAAAGAGAUGUUUUUAAUGAUAGAUGGAAGAGGUUCAAUCUUGAAGAGAUGGCACAAGAGCCUCCAAGCCCAUUACCAUCCUUCUCUAAGAUCAUCGCCAUCUCAUCCGAUCAAUAAAAGAGAGAGAAUGCAGGCUUUUGCUUACAUGAGACAGAUCAAACAUCUCCCAUCUUUCACGCGCGCCUUUUUAUCUUUCUGUCAAAG